AUGCAUGUUCAACGAUUUCUGUGGCUCAACAAGGGCAACAAAACUUCCCGCGUGCCCUGUAUUGCUCACUAUGUGCGAGACAAAAACGCACAGGAGUUAAAGGAUCAAUGUCCCCGAGCUUUCGAGUCAAUUACAAAGGCUCAUUAUGUGGACGACUUUAUAGACAGCUACACCGACGACUCUGAGGCGAUCGCAGUAACAUCAGAAGUCCGAGACAUUCAUGCUGAGGGAGUAUUCAAACAUCCCAAAGAACUUGGUGGCCCGGAGAAGGUUCUUGGUAUGUAUUGGGAACCCUCAAACGACGUUUUUAAGUAUACUUUUAGAUUCGCGAGACUUAAAAGAGACGUCCUAAAUGGAGAAUCCAUACCAACGAAACGAGAAGCCCUACAAGUAUUAAUGUCGAGUUUUGAUCCCUUGGGCCUGUUAUCCUGCUACACGAUAGGCCUUAAAAUGCAACUGCAAAAAGUAUGGCGAGCAGGCAUAGACUGGGACGAAGAACUGCCCGACGCCCUGUUCACGUCAUGGCAACAAUGGAAAACGGUCCUGCUUCAAGCUACCGAAAUGGAAUUUCCUCGCUUCUACUCCACUUUGCUGCCGAUUGCCGAUCAGAUUGAUCUACACACAUUUGUAGACGCGAGCGAGUACGCCAUAUCUUCGUAUCAAGCGUGGAGCAGACGUCGACACAGUACUGGUAGCAGCCAAAUGUAA